AUGCCCGUCAAUCACGGGAGCGAGUGGGAGGGCCUGCGCACCCUGCGCGCCCUUAGCAACGGCCCGCCCCCAGCGCCUGCCAGGAAGGGGAGGGUGGUUGUUGGGCUGCGCGGGCUGAGGCUGGGGAGCGGAUAUACCGCCCCAGAGACACAGGGGCCGGUGCCCAAACUGAGGAGCUUCAAGACAGGGAUGCAAGGACGCGGGCCACCGACAACCAGCGGCCAUCAACUCAGCCGCAGACGGGAAGGGGUCACUGACUCAGUCCUGAUGGCAUCCAGCUAUCGAACAACUUUAGACCAAUGGAAGAAAAAAGCAGCAAAAGUAGAAUUGAGUGAUGACCAAAAAAAAGAAAUAAAAGAGGCCUUUGACUUAUUCGACGUGGAUGGGUCUGGAACCAUAGAUGUGAAAGAACUGAAGAUUGCAAUGCGGGCCUUAGGAUUUGAGCCAAAGAAGGAGGAAAUUAGACAACUGAUAGCGGAAAUCGACAGAGAAGGGACGGGCACGAUUUGUUUUGAAGAUUUUUUUGCCAUUAUGAGUGUGAAAAUGAAUGAAAAGGAUGAGAAAGAAGAGAUACUGAAGGCUUUUAAAUUAUUUGAUGACGAUGCUACUGGCACCAUAUCACUGAAUAACAUCAAGAGGGUUGCCAAGGAACUAGGGGAAAACUUAACAGAAGAAGAAUUGCAGGAAAUGCUCGAUGAAGCGGACCGUGAUGGUGACGGAGAGAUUAACGAGGAAGAGUUUUUGAGGAUGAUGAAGAAGACCAGUCUUUAUUAG